CUGCAUCAAAUUUAAAUUAAUCUAUUUGUCUGCAUUCAUCCAUCCAUCCAUCCAUCCAUCCAGCUAUCCAAGCUUUUUCAAAUCUCAUUUCCUGUAUAUAUAGAUAUAUAAUAGAUAUGCAGCCAUAUAAUAUCAAUCAAAGUGUCAAUUUAUUAAGCUCAUCAAAAUGUUAGCACUCUUCUUUUUCUUAGUCCUUAUCUCCUCCCCCUUCCAUCUCGCCUCCGCACUUGACUUCUGCGUCGCGGACCUCUCCUUGCCCGAUGGCCCCGCUGGCUACUCAUGCAAGAAUCCCUCCAAGGUGACGGUAAACGAUUUUGUCUUCUCUGGGCUUGGAAAAGUGGGGGCAAUAAACCCACUGAUUAAGGCGGCCGUGACCCCAGCUUUCUCGGCUCAAUUCCCUGGAAUCAACGGGCUUGGAGUGUCAUUAGCGAGGCUUGAUUUAUUAGUUGAUGGUGUAGUUCCAAUGCACACGCACCCGUCAGCUUCGGAGGUUCUGUUCGUGGUGGAAGGGACCAUUUGUGCUGGUUUCAUAUCAUCGGCGAAUAAAGUGUAUUUUAAGACAUUGAACAAGGGUGACAUUAUGGUCUUCCCACAAGGAUUGCUACAUUUUCAGUUUAACUCCGGGACCACCACUGCCUUGGCCAUCGUUAGCUUCAGUGAUCCCUCCCCCGGGUUGCAGAUUCUCGACUUCGCAUUGUUUGGAAAUGACUUGGCGUCUGCCAUCGUUGAGGAGGUCACAUUCCUUGAUGAUGCUCAGGUCAAGAAGCUUAAGAAGGUCCUUGGAGGCACUGGAUAGAGCUCUAGAACCAACCUCUUAUUUCUAUUCUAGUUUUCUCGCAGCAUCUUAAUUCCCGUUCCUUGCUUUCAUUUUAUUAAUAAUGUUCAUUUCAUCAGCAUUAUGCAGAGAGAGAGAGAGUGUGUUAGUUUGCCAAUCUCAAGGCUAAUUAAGAUCGAUGAAUGUAAUAAUUUUCAUGUAUCACUACUCAUUAUUGUUCUUUCAUUCCAUCAAUAAAUUAGUUUUUAAUUGC